AUGGCAGAAGACGUAUCGUCUUUUAUCAAGGAAAAAAUGCUUACCAAUGUUAGUAUUAUCGGCCACUCAAUGGGCGCAAAGACGGCCAUGACACUUGCUCUUCGAUCCCCAGAAAUGAUAUCAAACGUAGUGGCGGUUGACAAUGCUCCUGUUGAUGUUACAUUGAAUAGUCACUUCGCCAAAUAUAUCAGAGGAAUGAAGAUGAUUCAAGAUGCCGAAGUCUCUCGCCAAGCCGAGGCCGACGCAAUUUUGCAGAAUUUUGAAGAGUCUGAGCCCAUCCGACAGUUUCUCCUUGGAAAUCUAUACAAGGUACCAGGAGAGAGCAUGCAACGGUUUCGUAUUCCUUUGGAAACUCUGGAGAGAUCUCUUGCCCAUCUAGGGGACUUUCCCUACAAGAGGGCCCGGAAACGGAGGUUCGAGAAACCGGCUCUCUUUGUCCGAGGAACAAAAAGUCACUAUGUCGCGGAUGAUGUGCUGCCUGCUAUCGGGGAAUUCUUCCCUCGUUUCCGUCUCGUAGAUAUCGACGCAGGUCACUGGCUAAUAUCUGAACAACCCGAAGCAUUUCGACAAGCCGUCGUUGCAUUCCUGCAGGAGGAUAUAGAUUGA